AUGGCUCUCAAAACCUCUCUCGGCUUCCUCGUCCUCUCCCUGGCCUGCGCCUCAACUCGCUCCAUCCUUCCAGAUGCUCAGUUGACGUCCCUGUUCAUUCCGAACGGUGACCCCGGCACUACAUACACCGCGUCGGUCGUGGGUUCCGAGGGCGAGGUCACCUCUUACCAGCUCUUCGCCACCAACAUCCAGGGCGUGGUGAGCCUCAUCGUCUCCCCCACGGAGAUCGCCCAGGUCGUGGGCUCAGCAAGCGGGAUCGUGACCGACUGCAUGCUCGGCAGCGACUCCGCCGUGUGCGAAGACAUCGUCGGUGGGCCGAAUGGCAUCCGCUCGACCUCUACGGUCGCCCUGCAGCAGGUACCCGUGCAGAUCGUGCAAGAGGGCGGAAGCACCGACAGUACAUCCACCGCUCCUCCCGCCACAUCCACAGACCCGCUCGCCACAUCCACCGACCCUGCUACCUCAUCCACCGGGACCGGGCCUGUCAGUUCCACUACAUCAAAGUCGAGCGUGAGCACGAGUCAGUCGCAGUCCUCAUCUGCGAGCACUCCUACGAAAACUUCGAGCGGCUCGGAGCGGGCAGUGGUCAAGGGCGCGUCUGUUCUCGGGAGCAUGCUUGUAGGCCUGGGUAUGGCCUUCGGUAUCGCCGUCUAA